AUGACCCCGGAUCUCAACGAUGAGAUGAGAGAGUUUCACCAACGCCAAUUCACAUUGCACUGGCUAAUCUCCGCGGAGCAGUCACCAGUCGCCUGCAUUGGAAAUUCCGAGUUCCUUGCUUUCGUGUUUUACUUGCUCACUCUUGUCAGCGCAAGGCUCUUCAUCUUCUUGUCAGAUGAGUCAGACGAGUCAGGUGCUGGUGCGGGUGCUGGUGCUGGUGCUGGUGCUGGUACUGGUGCUGGUGCUGGUGCUGGCGUCGGGGUUCUACUUGUUGGCACAAGCUAUUAG